AACCAACCUCUCAGUAAUUAAAACCCCGCCCGCAAUUAAUCCCCAAUGUUUAAAUUGUAAUACAAGUUCCGAAAUACGUUAGGAUUUAGAUUAAACAGUUUACCACCCCCCACCCAAUUCUAAUGACCGGACCAUGAAUCUUCUCCCCCAAAUCAACGGCCCGGAUUCGUUCCACGCACACGUGUUUCCUAUAAAUCUAAAAUGUAGGUCACCACUCGCCACCUUCUAAUAAAAAAAUAUUUAUAGCUUUAUAAGUAAAACUUAUAAAUACUGUCACGCAUUUGAAUCAGAGUAACUCGGGUUCCUUGCCGGUUUCCACUUCUCCUUUUUCUUCCUCGUACUCCGGCGAGCUUUACCCUUCGCCGCUUCGUCUUCCCACCCAGCCGCGUGAAUAACGGCGCAGUCAUCCUGCUUCGUUAUAUACAGAGAUAAAUGUCUCGUUUUGUCGACGCGCUGCACUUUUUUGACCGGAGAUCCUCCCCCAUGGAGGAAGCAGAAGGCAUCGGCCGUGAUGGCCUUCUUCUUCAUCACACCGGAGUAGGCGGCGGAGGAGGCGCCGGAGGCCGCCAGUCGCAGACACUCGGCCACCUUCUGAAGCGGGUAGGAGACGCCGCCAGCUCCGGCGACCAUCUUGUGGUGGAGCUCGACGACAUUAUUAGCCCGAACAACCCCGGCCCGACUCGAACUAUCCCCUUCGUGUUAUCUUUCUCGGAACUCACAUACAGCGUGAAAAGCUCCAAGAAGGUCUCUCUCGGGCCGAACAGAACCGACCCUGUUUCGGCUGACGUCGCGUCGAAUCACAAAAAAACCUUGCUUGAUUCGAUUUCCGGCGAGGCGAAAGACGGCGAGAUUCUUGCCGUUCUUGGUGCGAGCGGCUCUGGUAAAUCAACUCUCAUCGACGCACUUGCGAAUCGAAUUGCUAAAGAAAGCUUGAAAGGCUCGAUUACACUCAACGGGGAGCCGCUGGAAUCCAAGCUGCUGAGAACGAUCUCUGCUUAUGUUAUGCAAGAUGAUCUUUUGUACCCGAUGCUCACCGUAGAAGAAACUCUCAUGUUCUCUGCCGAGUUCCGCCUCCCUCGUACCCUUUCGAAGUCCAAGAAACAGAGCAGGGUGCAAGCUCUUAUCGACCAGCUCGGUCUCCGCCGCGCCGCGAAGACCAUUAUAGGCGAUGAAGGCCACCGCGGGGUGUCGGGUGGGGAGCGUCGCCGUGUGAGUAUUGGCAUCGAUAUCAUCCAUGAUCCUAUACUUCUGUUCCUCGACGAGCCCACUUCGGGUCUUGAUUCCACCAGCGCUUUUAUGGUCGUGAAGGUAUUGCAGCGCAUAGCGCAGAGCGGAAGCAUAGUUGUAAUGUCGAUUCAUCAACCUUCUUACAGAAUCAUAGGCCUUCUCGAUCGCAUGCUCUUCCUUUCACGCGGCCAAACUGUCUUCUUUGGCAGCCCUGCAACUCUCCCACUUUACUUGGCGGAGUUCGGCCGACCGAUACCGGAGAAAGAGAACCGAACUGAGUUCGCACUCGAUCUCAUCCGCGAACUUGAAUCCUCCAACGAUGGAGUUGGAGCCAAACCCCUCGUUGAAUUCAACCGUUCGUGGCAAAGCUUGAAGCUUUCUCCUAUUUCCGCCGCUGCCAAAAAAAACUACAACGCGUUGUCCCUCAAAGACGCCAUUAGCGCCAGCAUUUCACGCGGUAAGCUCGGCUCUGCUUCAGUUUCUACAUUCGCUAACCCGUUUUGGAUUGAAAUGUUAGUCCUGACUAAGCGCGCGGCAACCAAUUCUCGUCGAACGCCGGAGCUCUUUCUCAUGCGACUCGGGGCUGUUCUUGUUACCGGAUUCAUUCUCGCCACCAUCUUUUGGCGGCUUGACAGUUCACCAAAAGGCGUUCAAGAGCGUCUUGGUUUCUUUGCUAUAGCUAUGUCUACCAUGUUCUACACUUGCGCUGAUGCACUCCCUGUUUUUCUACAAGAACGCUAUAUCUUCAUGCGUGAGACUGCUUAUAACGCUUACCGGCGAUCGUCUUACGUUCUCUCAAACGCCAUUGUUGGCUUUCCGUCACUAAUUGUCCUUUCCCUUGCCUUCGCUGCGACUACAUUCUUCGCCGUUGGGCUCGCUGGCGGUGCACAGGGGUUCGUCUUCUUCUGCCUUAUCAUCCUCGCUUCCUUCUGGGCUGGAAGCGGCUUUGUCACCUUUCUUUCAGGAAUUGUUUCGCAUGUCAUGCUGGGCUACACUGUCGUUGUCGCCAUUUUAGCUUACUUUUUACUCUUCAGCGGCUUCUUCAUAACACGAGACCGCAUCCCUGACUACUGGAUUUGGUUUCACUAUCUCUCUUUGGUGAAAUACCCCUACGAAGCUGUUCUUCAGAAUGAGUUCGGUGAUCCGACGAAGUGCUUUGUGAGGGGAAUUCAGAUGUUCGACAACACGCCGCUCGGAGUCUUGCCGGCGGCGGUAAAGGUGAAUGUUUUGCAGGCCAUGAGCGGAUCGCUUGGAGUAAACAUAACAAGCCAUACUUGUAUCACAACUGGAACAUACAUUUUGAAGCAGCAAGCGGUUACUGAUCUUAGUAAAUGGAGCUGUUUGGUGAUCACUGUUGCGUGGGGGUUCUUUUUCAGAGUCCUGUUCUACUUUUGCUUGCUUCUUGGGAGCAAGAACAAGCGUCGGUAGGGAGAAGUGGAAGAAGAUGAAUAUUCUGCUGCUUGUGGUUUGUUCUUCGGGUAUCCGCAUUUUUUUUUGUUUAAAUAAAAUUUGCUUUUUUAAGAGAAAUUUAAAUUUCAUGUAAAGAAAUGUUUCAGCUUUCUUGAAGCUAUUUGUUCA